CCACGGCACCAUAGUCUAUCACACAGAAGCACAAGUGCAAAAUUGUAUUCUUGACCCCGCAAUAAUCUACCUCGUCAAUUCCUCUUCUCCUGGUGAACAUAUUUCCCGAUGAGCAACCCACCGAAAACGCCAUUUCCCGGCGGCGUUGCGGCAAUAUCUCAGGUCGACGAUUAUCUUCUGCAGACCAUCCUCGCAAAACUUCCGGCUGAAUCCUUCGCAUCAGCCGCAUGUGUUAGCCGCUCCUGGAAUGACAUCUGCAGUCGCAUUCUCCUCCACCCCAAAUUCAUUUCCGCCAUCUCUUUGAACACCUCUCUUCCCGAAGCUGUGAAAGAGGUCACGGACAAGGUUCUUUCUGAGCCAAUGCGACCUCAUUUUGCAAUUCUAUCGAUUUGUCCCGCCUUUAAUCUCGAUCAAGCUCAUGAACUUAUUAUUCAGAAAUUAGGUUCUAAAAUCCCAAUUGUUACUUGCGAUGCCAGUGGGAUCAUUGGAAAAGAAGCACGGACUGAUCGGUUUAGCGAGGUGAACUUCCCAUAUUUCGAUCUUGAUGAUGGUCUUGAACCACCUAGUGAGGCGGGUGUCUCGUUAACAGUUGCAUAUCUUCCCGGCCUUAAAGUUGAUAUUGUCCCACUACUGGAAUCAGAACAGGAACUUAAGGGUAAACCUAAUAUCAACAAAUUUGUGAUGGACCUGAGGGAUUUCUCAGCUUCUGUAUCACCUUGCAAAUCCCCUGAAGCAAUUAUCAUGUUUGGAGAUUCAGAUGGAGAUAUGAAACCUGUUCUCGAAAACUUGGAUUAUGCAUUGUCUAAACAGACUGUCAUAGCCGGAAAUGAAAGCUGCAGUUUCAGGCAUUCAAGCAAUAAAAAAACUAUCACACAUCGAGGAAAGAAACUAUUUCGUGAAUAUGCUGUUGCUCUUGUAUUUGCAAGGGAGAGAACGUCAUUGGAUGGUGUAGGGAAAAUUGAAUUUCAUUUUGCGGUAGGACCUGGAGUAGCUGCUGUGGGUCCAACAUAUAGAGUUGUUUCUGCUAAAAUGAGACAAGAGUGUGCAACAUGGUUAACUGCUAAACGAGAGGGAGAAAAUGAGAUUCUUGAUGGUGAAGAAAUGUUGAAUGAUAUUGAACUUGAGAUGGGAGGUCCAGUCCCUAAUGACGAUCUGCAAAUUUGGGUCAGAAAAAGAAGAAAAUACUCCAUUGGUUCAGAGAAGGUUAAAUCAGUGACGUCUGUGACCUACCAUUUUGUUCAGGAGGCAGAUGAGCAGUACCUAUACGUUCAAGGUUGGGAUAUCAAGACUGGAGAUACAUUUCGCUUUUACAUUCCUGACAGAAAAUAUGCAUCAGACUCAUGUGGCACUGUUUCUGAAAACUUUGGCAUGCUUAAGCACAAGGAUCUCAUAGGAGGUUUUGUGUUUGCUUGUUGUGGGCGCGGUGAAAUGUUUUUUGAGAAACUAAAUGUUGAUAGCUCCCCAAUCUUGGAUAAUUUCCCUAAUAUUCCACUGGCAGGAAUGUUUUGCGAUGCAGAAAUUGGACGUGGUUCCCCUAAUUUAGGUUUAGAACAAGGUUCAGAGAGUCACUUGCAUAUCUACAGUUGUAUUUAUCUACUCAUGUCUUACACUCCGCCUAAUUCUAGGCCAUAGGAUGUUCUUGCAUAACCUUUCUCCAUACUUAAUACUUAUAGAGGUGUUCAGUUGUAUAGAGAGCAAAUGACAAACAGUGAGCGAACAAUAAGUUUGUCUGCUUCCUAUGUUCUCUGGUAAAAGAUGUAACUUUACCUUUAUUUAAUGUUGGUUCUUCUUACAACGUAUAUUAAUUUGCUACUGAAAUUGAUUUUCAUUUUUCAAGUUGAUCAAUGAUAAGCAGCUUGUCUUUUGGUUUCUUA